ACACAGUGUUACGUGGUGACUCCCGAGGGAAUGAGUACAGCUGUGCCUGGGGCUGUCAUCCAUCACCAACUGCUUCCUCUGUGACAGUUCAUUCAGUUAUAUUGGCCCUUUCUUAUAGUGUCAUAUUUAGUUUCUCUGAGCAUUACACGGUCUGACCUUGGGGUAAAUUUGCCAGGACGUCCACUCUCGGGAAAACUGUGGCAUUAUGUUAACACGCAGCUGUUCCAGACCAACAAGCUGCCAAAAUGUCAGCUGUCAUAGAGGUGCCCAUGCUUGCUGAUGAUGAUCAGAUGAAGUGCAGUGAGUGGCAGUGACUUUCAUGUUAAGGCCCAAAAUGUCCUGCAGCAGUUUCCUUUUUGAUGGCUAUCACAGUGAAGAGAGCCAUCAGGGAUGGAGAUUUGUUUCCCCUGCAGGGGAUGAGAGGUGAGUUUAAAGAGUCUGGACCUGGCCAGGUCUUGGUUGCUUGUUUUCAUCCUCCUUCAUCAGCAUCCCUCUUACCUCUCUGUGACUGCAGACAGGCCCGCAGCUUUGAGGGGCUGAAUGGCACUAGUCUGUUUCAAGCUCAGCAGAGGCUCCUGACGAGGAAGAAGAAACGGCAAGAAAUUCUGAGAAAAGUCAUCUAAACCACGACUGUACUUGUCACGAUGGCGGCCAACAGAGAGCACCAAGUGCGUCACAUGACGGGUUACCCUCGUGCCUUGUACCCCUUCACCUUUAACUCCAUGCGGAGCCACUCCCCCUUUGACCUGCUGGCCAGUAGUCACCUUUUUGGCCGUUUCGGCGCAGACCUCCCCAAAGAGAUGGCUGCAUUGUCCGUGGAGACCCAGAGCACCAGUUCUGAGGAGAUGGUGCCGAGCUCUCCUUCGCCUCCUCCUCCUCCUCGGGUUUAUAAGCCGUGCUUUGUGUGCCAGGACAAGUCAUCUGGUUAUCACUAUGGAGUGAGCUCCUGUGAGGGCUGCAAGGGUUUUUUCAGGCGCAGCAUCCAAAAGAACAUGGUGUAUACGUGCCACAGAGACAAGAACUGUCAGAUCAACAAAGUGACCCGCAACCGCUGCCAAUACUGUCGGCUGCAGAAGUGCUUUGAGGUCGGCAUGUCCAAAGAAGCGGUGCGUAACGACAGGAACAAAAAGAAGAAGGACGUGAAGGAGGAAGUGGUGCUGCCCGAGAACUACGAACUAAGUGGAGAACUGGAGGAGCUGGUCAACAAAGUCAGCAAAGCUCACCAAGAGACCUUCCCGUCUCUGUGCCAACUAGGAAAAUACACCACAAAUUCAAGUGCUGACCACAGAGUGCAGCUGGACUUGGGCCUAUGGGAUAAGUUCAGUGAGCUCUCCACUAAGUGCAUUAUAAAGAUUGUGGAGUUUGCCAAGCGGCUACCAGGCUUCACUACGCUCACCAUCGCUGACCAGAUCACCCUCCUCAAAUCUGCAUGUCUGGACAUCCUGAUGCUGAGGAUUUGCACUCGCUACACACCAGAGCAGGACACGAUGACCUUUUCAGAUGGCCUGACUCUAAACAGGACCCAGAUGCAUAACGCCGGCUUUGGCCCGCUUACAGACCUGGUGUUUGCCUUCGCCGGUCAGCUGCUGCCUUUGGAGAUGGACGACACGGAGACGGGGCUGCUCAGCGCCAUCUGUCUCAUCUGCGGAGACCGUAUGGACUUGGAAGAGCCGGAGAAGGUGGACAAGCUGCAGGAACCGCUGCUAGAGGCCCUGAAGAUCUACACCCGACGCAGACGCCCGAACAAGCCUCACAUGUUUCCCCGAAUGCUGAUGAAAGUCACAGACCUCAGGGGAAUCAGCACCAAGGGUGCAGAAAGAGCCAUUACACUAAAGACAGAGAUCCCCGGCCCCAUGCCUCCCCUGAUCAGGGAGAUGCUGGAGAACCCGGACUCCUUCGAGGACAGCAGCGACUCUGGCGACAGCGGCGCAGCUGCUCCCCCUGCCAUUCAAGCCAUCAAGCAAGAGGACAAGGCCACGUACGAGUCAGCCUUCGAGGAAGAAGAGGAGGAGGAAGAGGACGACUAUUGGGACGAGGAGAAAGAGCGAGGGGCAGACAGCGACGGAGAGGCGUGGGGGGAGGCGGCAGCGGGCGCGCAAAAGAAAGGCGUGACAGGGAAGACGCAGUGAGAGAGGGAUGGAAAGACACAAGACGACACCGCUGCCUCGCACGGAUUGGCCGAGCGCCGCCGCCGAGCAACGUCAGCUCGCGGAAACCUCACAGAUUAAAGCUCUUAAAACGGCGUUUCGCACAGCACAUAUCCGCGUAUACUGUACAUACUGACUGAAAGGAAAAUGUGCUCAAUUCAGUGUAGAAAGUGAGGAAUUUGGAGACGCAAAAGCACUACAUUUCAGUGGAUUGAUGAGGGCACAGUUAAAAAAGAAAAUCACAGUGCCAGAAUGUUUAAAAGAUAUAUAUAUGUUAAAAAAAAAAGCGUUUUGUCCGCACAAAGACAGGAAAAACAGUUGUUGAGAGACAAAAAAUGCACUCCUCCGCUAUCUAUUAAGGGCUAUGCUUUGUAUAAAAUUGAUGGUAAGAGUACAUUGCAGCGACAGAACUCUUAUGUGGCGUCCAGAUGCCACAGAUGUCUUCUCAGAAUUACUUUUAUUACUAUUCAGAGAUAUGCUACUUAUUUUUUCAUUGUAUGGUUUUUAUAAGCAUGUACACAUUACUGUUUUGUCUUUUGCUUGUUUGUGGGACCUCGUGUUGCUUUUUUUGUGUAUAUUUUCACACUCAGUGCUCGCAUCUGACUGGACAUUUGUGCUUUUUAUCGUAUGCGUUAGUUUUAUCGGACACAGUGAAGCAAUAGCAGAAGAAAAGAGGAAAACAAAAAGGAAAAAGAGCAAUAGCUAAAGAGUCAUGGGAGUCAUGAGCAGGACUCAAACUCACAGUGUGAUCAUUCAGGAUUGGCUAAUCUGAAAGAAAUGCAAGAGGACUUCAGCUUUAAUUCAAACCCUGGUGCUUGUGGGCCAAAUAAUAAAAAUGUCAGAGAAAUGCGGGAAAACAUAUCUCCAGUUGAUCAGGGCCACGCUUCACCUGUUUUUACAGUAUUUCUUUCCCAUCAGACGUUCUUUCACACAGGUUAGGAAUCAUUCAAACUUACAGUGCAUGCACUCGUUCAAACAACCAGGUACAGUUAACCCAUAAGAUUUUCUUCUUGUUUUUUUAAGGCGAGCAAAGACUCAUCCAAGCAAACACAACCAUUAAAAGCCGUUUACAUCACAGAAACCUCAGAUGUGUGUGUGUGUGAGCGUGUGAGUGUGUCCCAGUAAACAGGGUGGUGUCAUAGACAUGUUACAUCACUGCCAUCAUCCACAUGAGAGAGUGUCCAAUUAUCAGCAUCUGUAAAUGUGUAUAAAAUGGAUUUUGCAACUAAAAACUGAGUGGCUGAGUGGGGUUCUCGUGUGCUGCGUUCAAUGAGUCAUGAAAGGUGCAGUUUGCUGAUGAAACUGACAAAGACCGCUGCGGUGAAGCAGUAUAAUGAUAUUUACAAGUUAAAGCUGUAUCGAGCGCUAUGUUGAUAAAGACAGAAGGCGUGUUAAAUAAAAGAGGCCCACCGAGUUUGCUCCUAAAUUUGGUAAUUUUGCUGUUUUAUUGUGAAAACCUUACCGUGGGAAAGGACAAAACACACCUUGGACACAAUCAGCCCGACUCAAACUGUUCAGUAUUUAAAAGUACUUCUGUUUCGUAUAACCAUGAUAGUUUGGAAUAGGUUUUUCCUUCUUUUAUUUGUUUUAAAACCUUUCAGUUGGAUUUGAGCUGGUGCAGUUUAAAAAGAGCUCUACGCACGAGUACGGCAUUUAAAAAAGAUCAAAUAUGGAUUUUACGUUACAUUUGGAUGAAAACAAAACAUUUGCAAUGCCUAUCGCUUUUAUUAAGGUCGUUGUCUCUAUCGUGUUCAGGGAUUCAGGUUCCUCAUGAGUUUUAAUUCAACUUGACUUGUACCAAAAUAGCUUUGAUGGCUCUGACAUCCAUGCACUCACACACACACACACACACGGAAAUCCAAAAACUGGGUGGAUAUGUUUUUGUUUUUACAUUUUUAUGAGAAGUCAAUACUAUAUUUUGCUGUUUGGGGGCUCGUGAUUUGUUAUUUGUUGUUUCUUGUAUUUUGAUAAAUGCUCUUCUUGUUCUCAGACCUUA